GCACGUUUUGUCAGGGAGGAAGGUGGUGUGAACAGGCUAAGGGACGUGUCCAAGGUCGUGCAGCCUAGGAACCGUCGGACGGGCAGAGGCCGGACGUUUAGGAGUCUUCGAGAGGGUCCCCCCAGGAGCGCCUGAACAGAAGCAUCGGGUCCAUGCUGCUGCUGGCUCGGGCACCCAAAGCUUGGCACAGGCUCUUUCAGCUCAAGCCUCUGGCCCUCCCCGGGACCCCAGGAGGCAAGGCCCAGCAUGUGAGAUACCAGCUCUUCUCAACGCCAAGCCCUGCAGAGACAGGCAGGCAGGGCCAACCCCAGGGUCCUGGCCUGCGAACCAGGUUGCUCGUCACAGCCUUGAUUGGGGCUGGACUGGGUGGGGCCUGGCUGGCCGUGAGGGCCGAGAAGGAGCGGUGGCAGCAGCACCAGCGGACAGAGGCCCUGCGGCAGGCUGCUGUGGGCCAGGGCGACUUCAGCCUACUGGACCACCGGGGCCAAGUGCGCUGCAAAGCUGACUUCCGGGGCCAGUGGGUGCUGCUGUACUUCGGCUUCACUCACUGCCCUGACAUCUGCCCCGACGAGCUGGAGAAGCUGGUGCGGGUGGUGCGGCAGCUGGAGGCGGAGCCCGGCCUGCCCCCUGUGCAGCCCCUCUUCAUCACCGUGGACCCCGAGCGGGACACCGUGGCUGCCAUGGCCCGCUAUGUGCAGGACUUCCACCCAAGGCUGCUGGGCCUGACUGGCUCCGAGGAGCAGAUCGCCCAGGUGAGCCGUAGCUACCGCGUGUACUACAGUGCCGGCCCCAAGGACGAAGACCAGGACUACAUCGUGGACCACUCCGUCGCCAUCUACCUGCUCAGCCCCGACGGCCUCUUCACGGACUACUACAGCAGGGCCAGGUCGGCCGAGCAGAUCUCAGACAGCGUGCGGCGCCACAUGGCUGCCUUCCGCAGCGUCCUGUGCUAAGCCGGGUCAUUAAAAGGCUGUGAUGGA